AUGAAAAGACAUCAUGAUAUCGAAUCUGCUAAAAGGCAGAGAGAUAACCUCGAAGUCCGCCGUCAGCAGCAGGAACUUGCAAGCUGCAGAAAGCUCUUGCAGUCUCUACAGCUGACACAGAGGGAGCUACAGGAAUGCUGCAGGAAGAAGGACGCCGAAUUGAUUGCAUGCAAAGCUCAAGCAGAGCGGGAAUCUGCAGAGAGAGCUGAGGCAGAAGCGACGUGGGCCCGCACCAUCGAGGAACAGGUUCAACAAAGAGUGUCGGUCUUGGAAAAGGACUUUGCUCUUCGCAUAGCCAAGAUCCGCAAGAAGGUUGCAGAGAGAGCAGAGUAUAAUCACCUUCUCGAUGAGUUGCUUGCCGCUGGAAUAUGUUUCAUGCCAACAAAUCCAAAAAGGGCACCUGUGUGA